UUCAUCAAGAUUUCUUUUGUGAGCUGAAUUGGAAUGAGAAUCGAGCGAUUUUAACUUUCUUGUUUUGGAAGAAAAUCCGAAUCGGAUUUUCUUGUUUUGGAUUGAGAAUCGAGCGAUUUUAACUUUCUUGUUUUGGAAGAAAAUCCGAAGCGGAUGGAUGUAAUAAGUUCACUGCCCGCAGAAGUGAAGGAAAGGAUUUUGGAGCGCUUGCCGAUUCGAGACGCGGCAAGAACUGCAGUGCUCUCAACUCGCUGGAAGGAUGCUUGGUUGCGGCUUGGGCGGCUUGUGUUUGAUCGAGAGUUCUUCGAAUCCUUCUCCUCAAGGUACGAAGAUGAUGAGGAAGGCGAGGAAGGUACGGCUCAGAUUAGCGCAAUAAAUGAUAUUUUCUUGCUCCGUACUGGAGCCGUUAAGAAAUUCACUCUACACCUUGAAGACGUAUCGGAUCCUAAGCCCCGGCAGUGUGAUUUAGAUCUGUGGUGUCGUUUUCUUUCCAGAAAUAGAAAUGAUCUAGAGGAACUUGAGUUGUUCAUUUCGCGCUUCCAUAAGCUGCCAAUGUGUAUAUUCUCGUGCCGGACAAUUAAGCGACUCUCUCUCGGCUAUUUCAUUUUCGAUUUGCCGAUCCCUCGCCCUGGAUGUAUAUUUCCCUGCCUCACUUCGUUAGCUUUCUGGGAUGUUGAAUUCAGUGAUACCGUUAAGGGAAUUGGCUACACGAUCCCUAAUCUUGAGGAUCUGUCCUUCUUUUGUUGUGAAGGGAUCACUAAUUUUGAGAUCUGCAGUCCAAAACUUGAAAGAUAUACUGUUGUUGAUUCUGUGUUUGGAAGGAAGCUUGAUGAUUCCAGAUGUUUUACGCGUUAUUUGGAAAUAAUUAAGACCCUUAGCUUGAAUGCCACUUUGGUUCCGGUGCCGUGUAAAAAUGCAGAAAUCGCCAGAGUGACAUUACCAACCGCAAUAAAUUUGAAAACGAUUAAUCUGUAUGAGUUAAAUGUUUCAUGUCCAGAGCAGCUUGCCUUUGCUUUGCAGUUGCUUCAGAAUUCCCCCACCCUAUGUGAACUGAAGAUUUGGGCAUUCAAUGAUCUAUGUUGUUGUGAUAUUACAAAGGGUAUAAGACUUAUGGAGGAUCCAAACAGUUGCAUUAUUAAGCAGGAUCUAGAGAUUCUUGACACAAUCACGAUUUUCGAGUUUCGUGGAUCUACACUUGAAAUGCUUUUUGUGAAAACGUUGCUUUCAAAAUCUCCUACACUAAGGAAAGUUCGUAUGAUGGUAUGGGCGGGUGAUAACUCCGAAUAUGUCAAUAGCCGCCUAAGGGAGUUGUUGCUUUUUCCUCGUGCAUCUCCGAAAGCAAUAAUUUUUUGCUUCGAACGAAAGCACCAAUCGCUUUCAUUGAACAAUGAACACGACAUCCAGCUCCUUUUUCGGACUACUUGAAAACAUGGUUUUUUUUAACCUUGUAAGAAUUUAGUAUGAUGAAGUUAGCUCCAUGGGUUCAGUUUAGUUUGGAUGUAAAGGAUGAUGCACCUUGUUUAGUAGACUCCAAGAAUGUUCUUUUUGCUAAUGCUAAUUGUACCAGAUUUUACAUAUGCUGCUGGUGUUUCUUAUGACUU